GUCUCGAAGCGGCUCUUCGAGUUCCAGUGCUUCGAAAGCUCGAUACGGUGUCGAAACUUUGGUAUUGAGCGGCCCAUCACUACUACAUUGUUCUCGGUUAGACGAGCGUGUGUGCAAGGUCAAAAUGCAGAGGAGGCCAACAGUAUUUGUUCCUGGGCUUGUGAAAGUAACUUUUUGUAAAGGACCAUUAGGCUUUUUGCACCAAGACCCAUCUAAUGAAGCAAAAAUACUAAAUGACAACCCAAGGUUGAGGGACAAGUCUGCCCCACUGAAGCAAGAGACUGUCAGAAGAACUGCCAUCAGGAUUGUCUUGGAAAGGGGGGGUAAUACCACUGACAAAGUGGAGGUACUUGGGGAGUAUGUUCUCCAGUUUGGAAAGUAUAAAGGCAAGUCUUUUAGGUGGCUUCUUGAAAAUGAUGUAGGAUAUGCAGUCUACAUCAUUCAAAAUAUUCAGAAGGAAAGAGACACGGGAGUCUUCUUUGAAGGUGGAAACAGCAAGGACAGUCUUCUGUCAUUUGAGGAAUAUGCACUCUGCUUUCAGGAGAUAAAGUCUCUUCUGGAUUAUGAAGCAGAGAGACCAACUCUUCCAGCAUCUUCAGAAGAUGAAAACCUUGUUGGUUUUGGUGUGAGAGGAAUGGAUGAUGAUGAAGAAUUGGAGAAGGCAAUGCUGAACAAGCCACCUUCAUUAUUCCAGACCCAAUAUGCAGCUGAACCACAACUCCUGGGGCUACCAACAUCAGUAGAAACAGGUUUUUCAACAUAAAUUCAGAUCUGACGACCAAAAGAUGAAUUUAUCCGUUCAAAAGUUUAUUAUUUUGGUCAUGUUCUGACCAUGUUCAACUAAUAAAGUUCUUUUGUUCAUGUUCCACUAACAAUAUCAAAAGAACAAAAUCAUUAAUUUCAAAUUAUGAGGAAGGUAAGUGUUAUUUUAUUGUUUUGCAUGUUCAAGUGUUGUGCUUUAUCUGCUCAAGUAAGCUGUGGACAUCCACAAGAUGUGUUUCAAUGCAGGUGAUUCUACUCCAUGUGUGACUGUGUCUAAACCACCUGAUGAAGUACCUAGCUCUGUGCAAUCAGUACUGUUAGAUGAUCCAGUUGUAAAGCAACCAGUCCCCAUUCCUCCAGAGCUGCUCUGUCUUGUUCAGGAGCCAGCUGCAACUCAACUUGAAGUGUUUUCAACAUCAAGGACAAUACAUUCUACAACUGCCACUAUGUCUAGGGCUCCAUUAAGGCACAAGUCCAAAACAACUGUAUCUUCAGUGUCCCAACAGCCUUCACCUCUUCUGCAAACAACAGGACAAGCUGCAUCACAACAGGCGAUACCCAGGGCUCAAAGUGCUUCUGACCCUCUACUGUAUCCUGGGUACGUUCAUGAUAUUAGCCAGUGGAACUGCUCCCAGCAACAGAAGGCCUGGAUGAAAACAGAUCUGGAAUCAAUGGGGCUGUUGCCCGGCUCCCUCCCUGUUCACCACCCAAUGAAGAUGGUGUCUUUGUGGCGUUUCCCACCUCAGCCUGAGUUGAUAGACUGCACUUCUAAGCUCCCAUCGCCCAAGUACUUUCAGCUUCACCCCUUCUUCAUCUGGAAGCCUGAAAAUGACAACUUAAUGGGCAGGCUGAGAAACAACUAUGUUCUGCCAUGUCUUAAGGGUUGUUCACAACCACAUAUUGUAUCAGCAGGUGUGGGUAGGCCUCGUGGGGUUGUUGGCAUCAAUGGACAAUACUACCUGUUUGCAUCAAGACUCUCUUGCAGGGCAUGUAAAAAACGCUGGUAUGCUGACAAUCCACAGUGGUUAGAAAAACUUCCACAGAGAUUCACUAACAUUUUGCCUGCCAUCGUAACAUACAAGAAGGCCAUCUGCAAAACUGUGAUGGAUGAACUAAGGAGAACGGGAAAGUCCCCUAAUGAUAUGGCUAACCAGAUAAUGGAAAUGAUGCACCUUAAGUACGAGCGGGCUCACCUGGCCUACCUCCUUAGCUGUCAGAAUAUCAUGGAUGCUGAGAAAGGCCUGUAUGGUCAGAGAACCAUCAGCGAAUUUCUCAGAGGGAACAACAAACCAGCUCCUUUUGGUGAAUAUGAGGACUCUGAUGGUUGGUGUGGAGUAUCAGUCUCUUCCUAUUACCUAACAGACUGCCUUUUAUAUGAAUACAAAAGGCAAGAGCCUGCCAUAAAAAAGCUCCUCCAAGGCACCUUUGGCCAAGCCUUGCGCUCAGACCACAGCAGGAAAGUCGCCAAAAAGGUCUCAUUCACAUCCGGAAUCAUGUCCUCUUACACAGUGAUGAACGAGAACUGGAUGAUCCUCUCCUGGAUAAUGCUACAGUCUGAGACAGAUAAGUCUUUGGAGCCCAUGUACCAGGGUUUGGCUAACCGGUACAGAAUUGCUGUGGUUGACAAGGCUGACUUCCAGUGGGUGGACAGGGACUGCUGUUCAGCCUUCAGGGUUGCGGAAUCUCUGCAAGUGGAGCAUCUUGACUGGAAUGCCUGGAAAACAACUGAUUCUAUUGUAGCCCAAGCCAUACAUGGCUAUCUACUGAACAGAUGUGCAUCAAGAACAAUGUACAACAGAAACAUUACCAUUAAACUGGAUCUGUUCUACUGUAUGCGACGAAUUCUUCGAGAGUGUGUCUCUGAGCGUCAUGCCCUUUACAGCUCUUUUUGCCAGUUCCUCUCUGCUGCAUUUUCUGUUGUGGAUCAGGAAGACCUGCAGCGACUCAAGGAUGCCUACGUGUUCUGUGGAAUUCAUCCAGCAAAUCCCACCAAGCAACAUAUCCGUGAGCAUUGUAGGACAAAGAUACCACAGCCAGAUGAGCUGGUGAAGAGGGUUGAGGAAGUGUUUCAGCAUUUUUACCUAGCAAAGGAUCCAAAUGACGUAUACCUGUUCAAGCCAUCCAUGCUAAAGUCUUGGCGAAUUCAGCGAGUGCAUAUCCUUCGGGGCUGCCUCAGUGAUCCCGAGCUUCCAGAUGGCAUACUGUACAGGUAUGGUGGGACUGUGCAGUUGAACCAUGUUCAGGGUGAGGGGGCCAAAGUUCCUGUCUGGAUCCCCAUCAGAGGAACAUCUCAGCAGGAGGGCUACCAUUUCCACCAGUCCCACUGGGUCACUGGAACACAAGUAUCCACCGAGUUAUUCCAAGCUCAAGGAAUGACAGGUGUUGCUCGGUGGAAUUACCAGCGCUUGGUGGACCUGCAGCAGCCCGGUGUUCUCCUACCAGGUGUUUUUGACCCAACACUAAUUUCAGAGCUGAAUGCAGCCUCCAAACGAGUAACUGGGGAAGAAAAAUAUCCUGCCCUUCAUCUUUCUGACAAUGACACAGGAGAGAGAUUUGGUCUCGAAUAUAUAGAGCCAGGAUAUCGGCCUGUUGUUCUUGAUUGGGAAAAACACAAGAAGAAAACGGAAUCCUCUGUCCUCUCUGAGACAGCCAAUGAGGGCAGCUCUACCACUGUCCAGGCACUUCCUUCACCACCAGCUUCCACCGGGCCAUCUGUCCUGUUCCAGUUUCCUCCAGUUGCUGACAUAAAAGCAGAAGUGUCACUAUGCAGAGAUGCUGAUACUCUUUCUGAAACAAAACCACCCAGCACACCAUCUCUGCCUUUGCUGUCAUCACCAGCAAGUGCUCGCACUGGACCAGUGAAAACUGGUGGAAGGGUGUUUGUCCUUGACCACAGACGCUGGACAUCCCAGAUGAAGGAAGCCAUUGACAACCUUAUCAAUAAGUAUCAUGGCCAGAAAGACCUGCUAAAACUAGUGGACCACGAUUAUGCUGCCAUGGUGCAGAAGUCUUGUAGAGACCCAAACACUAUGCUCCAUCCAACAACAAGGGUCCAUAUUGACAGAUACAUGAAGUAUCUGGCCAAAAUGAAGAACGUUCGCUCUUCUUUGAACACGAGCCAGGAGAAAUUAAUAGAGACACAAAGAUUGUGGCACAGUUUGACUGAGGGUAGUCAUACUGCCCAUGUGCCAGUUGUGACUAUGUCCCCUGUCAUUGUUCACCCCCCUUCACCUUCUCCUGCCGUUCCACUGUCACAGGAUUCAAUUGAGAGAAUUGUGCAUGAAAUCCUAGAGAAACAACAACAACA